UGAUUCAACAUGCAUUGCCCGUUAAAUGCUUGCAAAUACAGCCCACAUUCCCAAUUUGCUGCUCCGAACGGCCUCUGCCUUCCACUGCCGUGACAAUAAAAGGUUCCUUUGCAGCUGCGACGGUUCCAAAAAGUUGAAAUCCCGUCCUGCUUUUUUUAAGCUUUCGUUGGGUUUUCUUCCUUAAAGACGAGGCGAUUUCGACGCGUUUCCUGCGCUGUCACGUUACUAACUUGAAAUCCAGACUUUGGGCAUCAACCAUUUCCCCUCCUCCUCAUUUCGUCCACAAUCUCGUUCUUUGCAGUCACAGAAAUUACUUGCCAUUAUCCAUUGUCCUUGGCGAGAAUCACAGCAGCAAUCUCAUUAUCGGUGUUUGGUUCCUGCUUUUGUCCCGGCCUUUGGGUCGUACGGUAUAUCCCUAAUUCAUCAGACAUCAAAUCCUCAAAAUGAUGAAAACGGCAGCCAAAGUCGGGCCCCACCGGUCUGCAAACGUUCCCAAAGCACCGCCCUUGGACCUCUCAACAGUAUCCCCACCCUUUGCUCCACCUAGUCCUGACUUGGGCAUUCGAGGAAACCGGCUAUUUGGCCUACGCACGGCACCGACGUUUCGUCCCACCCUAGACGAGUUCGCGGACCCACUUCGGUACAUUGAAAAGAUUCGGGUCGAAGCGGAACAAAGUGGCAUAUGCAAGAUUAUUCCACCAGAGGGAUGGAAGCCAGACUUUGCUUUGGACACACAGACCUUUUGGUUUCGGCCUCGUAUCAUGCGCCUUAACUCCAUGGAGGGGAGCUCUCGUGCCAUCCUCAACUACCUAGACCAACUACAAAAAUUCCACCAUCAGCAAGGAACGCAAUUUCAGCGGAUUCCAAUGCUCGAUAAGAAGCCUAUGAACCUUUUUGAGCUCAAGAAGGAAGUCGCUAAGCGAGGGGGCUUCCAUGCGGUGACACAAAAUAAGCAGUGGGCGCAAGUCGGACGUGCCAUCGGAUUGGGCGGAAAGACUUGUACAUCGCUCUCUCACAGUGUCAAAUCUGCGUAUAUAAAAUGGGUUCUACCCUACGAGGAUUUCAUUGCUAAGCAUGGGUCUCCAGCGGUUACCCGACCUGGGUCACCCUUGGGAGAUGAUACAGGAGGAGUGGAUGAUGCCCCCACUUCCGGCACGAGGAGCAAGCGAGCUCAACGGGCGAAGAAGAGAAAAUCAGCGGAAGUGGUACCAGAAAUUCCAACCGCUGAUUCAUCUCCUUCCGCGAAAAAGGCGAUCUUACCUGAUGGGUAUCUCCCGAAACCCGGCCUCGAGCUCUGCGAAAUAUGUGGAGGUGGGGAAAACGAUGAGAAAAUGCUCUUGUGCGAUGGAUGCAAUAGGGGAUACCACCUCUAUUGCUUUGAUCCUCCUAUGAGCGCCAUUCCAAAUACCGAUUGGUUUUGCCCAGACUGUCUCCGGGUAUCCGGCAAUGAUUAUGGAUUCGAGGAAGGCGAAGUGAGGUCCUUGUACCAUUUCCAAAAGGUCGCAAACAGCUUCAAAGAGAGGCAUUUUCGAGAGAGGUUGGGAAAGAAAAUGGACGAGAAACUCAUCGUAACGGAAGAUGAAUGUGAACGGGAAUUUUGGCGACUGGUGGAGAGUCCGUAUGAUGAUGUCGAGGUUGAAUAUGGCGCUGACUUGCAUUCAACGCAGCAUGGAAGCGGGUUUCCUGUUCCUGAGAAACAGCCCAAUAAUCCUUAUUCAACUUGUGGCUGGAAUCUCAACAACAUCCCGGUUCUCCCAGAAUCUCUCUUUUGCAACAUUCGUAAUGACAUCUCAGGAAUGAUGAUCCCGUGGCUUUACGUCGGGAUGUGUUUCUCAACAUUUUGCUGGCACACAGAAGACCAUUACACGUACUCUAUCAAUUAUCACCAUUGGGGGGAGACUAAAACAUGGUACGGCAUACCCGCUUCGGAUGCGGACAAGUUUGAAGAUGCUAUGAGAAAAAAAGUGCCGGAGUUGUUCGAGUCAAAUCCAGAUUUGCUGUUCCAUUUGACGACGAUGCUAUCACCAGGCGUGUUGGUUGAAAAAGGGGUUGACGUGGUUGCGCUUGAUCAGAGACCAGGAGAAUUUGUGGUGACAUUUCCUAGAGCAUAUCAUGCGGGAUUUAAUCAAGGGUUUAAUUUUGCGGAGGCUGUGAACUUUGCGUUACCCAAUUGGCUACCGUUUGGUCUGGACUGUGUCGAGCGGUAUCAUGAGUAUCGCAAGCAGCCGGUAUUCUCUCACGACGAACUAGUCAUUGCAACUUCGAAACGGGACAUUGAUGUUCGCGCUGCAGUUUGGUUGAAGCCCGAAUUGGAGCAUCUACGAGACCAUGAACUCGAGGCUCGAAAGCAGAUCCGUGAGCGACAUCCUGGCAUUCAUGAGGUGGUGGAAAACUUGGAGAUUGCCCACGAAGAAGAGGAUCAAUGUGCAGUAUGUCAUCAGUAUUGCUAUGUUAGUGGCAUACGAUGUGCAUGCUCGCCCAAGAGAAUUGUGUGCAUAGCGCACGAGAAAGACGUUUGCAAAUGCGAGAACCCCAAUUUGACGCUGGCCCUUCGGUUUUCGGAUGAGCAAUUGAUCGGAUUUUUGGAGCACGUCAAUGCGGUGGCCAAUCGACCCAAUGAAUGGAAAGAGAAAUACGAGAAAUUGCUGGCACAGCAUCGCCGUCCGCCACUUAAAGAGCUGCAGCGACUUUCGGCCGCAUCCGAGAAAAUCCCGUUUGUCAUUGAAGAAGCCACGCUUCUCAAAAGCUUUGUACGCCGCGCAAACGAAUGGGUAGAACGUGCGAACCGGAUUCUGCAUAAGCGAAAGCGAUCAAACGCCGGUAGACGGUCCAUUGUUGAUACCAUGGACUUGGAAUCUAGUGAACAGUCGACUGACAGUAAAGGACAUGCUCAGCCUGCCUCAGAGCGAACUUUGGCAAAUAUUGAGCAGUUACUGCGUGAUGCGGAAUCUUUCACUUUCGAUUGUCCGGAAAUCAAACUUUUGCAAGCUCUCGCGCACGAUGUGUACGAAUUCCGCGAAAAGGCACGCCAAGUCUUGGCUGAUGCAAAUGUCACUGCCCAGAUGGUCCGUGAUACACAAGAGUGGGCAGCGACUAUCGAUGUGCAAAUCGAAGAGCUGGAUUUGUUAGAAGAUAAAUUAUCCGAGCUCGAGUGGGGCACGCGUGCGGAUGCUGCUCUCAGCCGCGAGGGCUCCGACAUUGAUCAUGAUACAGUCGUUUCAUUGAUUGAUGAAGGUCGAAUGUUUGGCGUCAAAACUGACCAUCCUCUCAUGAGUCGUCUGAAGACUUUCAAGCAUCAAGGUGAUGAGUGGCGGGUACUUGCUGCUGCAUUGUUGAAGCAACGGAGCAUGACUUUGGAAGAUAUGAAGGAUGUUUUGAAAAAGGGGAACGAUGUGCCCGUCAUUGCCGACAUGUGGAAGAAGCUCACGGAUUUGGUGGCAAAGUGUGAGGAUUGGCGAGCUAAAGCUCGGGACGUUUUGGGACUGAAGGAAGAUGGAUCGCAGGACGAGAGCACGAACAUGUCUGACAAGAAGAAGUGGCCUGUCUCGGUGUUAUGGAGCCUGCUUUUUGACAUUGACAAUGUUCCAGUGCGUUUGGAAGAAUUAACACUUAUUAAAGAAGAUGCAAAAAAAGCGCAGGAUUGGCUGAAUAAGGGGCGAAAAGUACUGCGAACAGGGUCGGCGAGGAGCUUUUUGGAUAUCACAAAGGAGGUGGAAGCGAAUGUGAUUACUUGCACCAGCUCUGAAGCGGACGCAAAGCUAUUCUGCAUCUGCAGGACAAAGAUCGACGAGGGCCUGAUGAUCGAAUGCGAAACCUGUCAUGUAUGGUACCAUAGCGCUUGUGUCAAAAUUUCUAAAAAGCAAGCGAAGCGACAAACACACUACAUGUGUCCCGUCUGCGACGUAUGGACAGAACCCAAUCGCACAGCCAAACGACCUACCAUCGAUCAAAUAAAAGCAUUGCUCAAAGAAGCAGAGGAAAUGGAACGCUACGAAUUUGAGGAGGUACCUCAUCUUCGAUCUGUUAUCCAAGCCAUGAACGCCUGGCAGGAUCGUGUUCGGAGCGUUUUGGCCGCCCCUGCGUCUGAAACAGACGCUAAAAAUCUGUUGCGUUGUGCUGAAGGGAUGUAUGUGUCCACUGAAGAAGAGACGGCGAAACUUCGGGAGCGCAUCAAAGAGAUAUGUCCUCCCCCACCUCCACCAUCUGUCCCAGUGGACACGAACUUGGCGAUGAAGAGAGAAGAUGAGGUGUUUUGUGUCUGUCGGGAGCCGCAUCGAGAAGAUGAUGGGGACAUGAUUGGAUGUGAUGGUUGCGGAGGAUGGUAUCAUUUCAAAUGCGUUGGCCUGACAGCAGCCGAUGCCGAGAAGAUGGAGACAUACACUUGUCCCAUGUGUCAGAACAAAGCAGCCCACCUCAGUCGAGACAAGGAGAACGGCGUCGAUGCAGCAUCCAACGGCGCACCGCUGAAAAUCACGCUGAAACUUGGACAUGGUUCCGUUAGAACAUCAGAUGACCACCAAGUCAAGAAGAAGCGCAAGAAGUCAUCAGCUGGAGAUGAGUCCACCUCAGAUGGCGCGAAUUUUGCCAAGGUGAAACGAAGGAAGUCCGCUGGUAGCGAGGAGCCAGGAGCGGAACAUUCUGUUAGAAAGAAGCAUAAAAAACACAGCGAACCACACCAAGAAGCUGGUGAAGUGGACAUUAGAAAGAAUAACGGUAUAUCAACUACUGAUGGACCACGUUCAGCAAAUGGUCAGAAUGGUAUGAUUAUGACAAGUGGUAUUACACCUGACGGUAAAGGCAGUCAAAAGAAGCGCAAAAAGGAUGCAGGGCAAACGGGAGAUGCAACUUCAGCCACCAAGAAGCAACGUGUUGAUGACCAGGCGUCCUGGGCACCGACUGUAUCCUCUUUGAUCACAGCCGUGGAUAUUCCUGUGUCGCUCACCGGAUAUGGACGCAUGCCGACCAAUGAGGAAGCGCUGCCACCAGCACCCCCAGAUCUCGUACCAAGCGUACCAAACUCACCCCACAAUCGCAAUGCCCUGCCCUCAGCACCUCUUGCAACCGACACGACUGCAUCUGCGCUGCCAUCUGCCCCUCCUGCGGACGCAAAUCCACAUAUCUUACAGCAGCAUCAGGCGCCAUUGCCACAAGCACCGCCACAGUACUGGUAUGCUACUGCCGACGGCCAGCAUCACCUCCAACAGCAACACAAUCAACCCGCACAAUCAGCAAUGGGCCCCUACGGAUCGUAUCCAUCCAAUUACUAUUGGCAAAAUGCAUACGGAUUUUCCCAUCAGCAGCAACAUCAGCAACAUCAUCAGCAGCAAACUCCUCCUAGCGUGGAUGAGUAUGGAUAUGGUUUCACGUUUGGUAUGCCUGGUUCACAGGCGCCGGGGAUACAGGGUUAUCCUUUCCCUAGUCCGUACGAGCAAGAACAGCAGCACGAAUCAGCUAAUCAUGAGGCCCAUCCACAGGUCUACCGUUGAGGGUGGCAUUGAGAGAUAUGUAUAAAUGGUCAUGUUGAGCGAAGGUUCAACAGGGUCUCUAGGAUAGCGUUUCGUUUGCUUGUGUAUAAUUCUUGCUUGUUGUUAGCAAAGUGUGCUUGGGUCUGUACAAUGGAUAUCAAUUUUUGGGCCGUCUGGCGAACACUGCCAGAUUACAAUUGUUUAUAAAAUAUUAAAUGCAUCGUUUUAGGGAGGCA